AUGCAGUCGGACUUCAAGCAUGUUUUGACGGGAGCGCCUGUCUCCCCACGUACCACCAGUGAUGCAGGCAGUUGGGCUGGAGUAGCUUAUCUGUCAUCAGUGCCGUGCAGAACCAUGGCCACCCCUUGGCCUCCUGACUUUUACGAAUCUGGAAGGCUCCAGUUUGGCUCCUUCUUCACAGCAGCUUCCUGGGUCUCAGGCGCAGUUUUGUAUGGGUACCCCGAAGGCAAAACCCAUCACCAGGCGCAUGAAAAGACAGAGCUCAUGCUUGACUUUGCCUUCAACCAUCUGCAGUCGAUGCCUGGCCCUAGGUUCAUGUGCGGUGAUUGGAAUUUCACAUUGGACUCCUUGGCGGUGACUCUCAAGCUUCGUGCAGCAGGCUGGGUUGAAGUGCAGGAACUUCAUCAGUUUCAAACUGGGGCCCCCAUCAGGCCAACAUGCAAGCAGGUGUCACACAAGGACUUUCUGUGGCUUUCCCCUGAGUUGGCUCUUGGAUUUCGAGGGGUACAGUUUUGUGACACCACCUUUGCUGAUCACUCUCUUUUGGUUGCGGAGUUUGCUGGGGGGGCCCAACAGCUUGAACGGUUUCCAUGGCCUUGUCCCAAACCAGUUGAUUGGACUUGUGUGCCUCCACUGUUGGAAUUUGUGCCUUUUGCGAGUCCUGCCGAUCCUACUGCUCAGUAUGCUGCACUUUGGGCUCAGCGUGAGACCCAAGCUGAACAAGCGUUGGCUCCUGACUGGCUCCCUUCUAUGCAAGGUUGUGGGCAACAGACCAAGCCGCAGAAGAUUGUUGGGCGUCAGGCCCCCCUUAGACAGGGCAAACGUCAUGAGGUGCAGCCAUCCUUCUUUGGAUUUUCUGCUAUGCAUGCCAAACAGUUUCGACAAUUGAGAAGGUUGCAAAACUACUGCAGAUGGAUUGACAACAAGCAACGCCUUGGGUGUAAUGAUCCCCUUCACGGUUUUGGACUUUGGACUUCCAUCCUUAAGGCAUCUGGAUUUUCGCCUUCUUUCUCUGUUUGGUGGACUUGUCGUCAAUACCGCAGUCCUUUGGAUCCGUGUGUCAUUCCGCAGUUUUGCCCCCCGUCUAAUGUGGCCCAUCAGAUCUAUGAUGCUGUUCUUGCUGAAGUCAGACUCCUUGAGAGCCGACUGAAUGCUGCUCGAGUUGCCCAUCGCCGAGCGCAACAUGAGCAGGACAGAAAUCUGGUUUUCAGGGAAGUUGCCAGGCCGUCUGCUGCACCUGUCGACUCCUUGGUGCAUUCCGUUGCCGCAGUUGUUGAACAAGUUGAUGCCUCCGAAAGUGCGGUUGUGCUGGAUAAACCUCUUGGACUUUCCCCAUCCCUACCGGUUUGGAUUGCAGGUCAGCAAUGUAACGUGAUUCAUGCUGAACAUGACAAGAUUUGGGUCGAAGAUGUAGCUGCUUGCCAAGUCGGUUCUGUGGUUGUUCAACGCCAACCAAUUGGUGACCUCUCAACCAUCUUUGCUGCCUUUCAUGAGCAGUGGCGCCAACGCUGGUGUCGUCACGAUCAGGUUCCGUUCACCCACUGGACUGAAGUGAUCGACUUUGCCAAACAUGUUCUGCGGCCUGCUCCUGUUCCUCACCUUCAGGUCACGCCUGAACUGUUCCUUGCCGAAUGCCAGCGUAAGAAGAAGCGUUCUGCCACUGGGCUUGAUGGGGUCAGCCGAGUGGAUUUACUUCAAGCUGACCCCGGCACUUUGGACUGUUUGACCCAAAUGAUUCAGCGUGCCGAAUCUGAUGGAAGUUGGCCCCAACAACUUCUUGCCGGAAAGGUCCAGUCACUUGCCAAACGAGAGGGUGCCUCCGCUGUGGAGGAAUUCCGCCCCAUAACCAUCUUUGGGUUGCCGUACAGGAUCUGGUCCAGUGUCCAAUCCAGGUACUUGCUCCAACAAGCAGAAGCAUGGGUGGAUGAUGGAGUCUUUGGCAACAGACAGGGUCGUCAGGCCGCUGACUUGUGGCACUUCAUGAUGCAACAAAUUGAAGCAGCUUAUGCAGCUGGACGACCAUUGUGUGGGGUGUCAGCAGACAUCGAGAAAUGCUUCAAUUGCAUACCUAGGUACCCUGCCUUGUGCUUUGCUGUCUUGGUUGGAACCCCUCCUGAAGUGACCACUGCUUGGGCUGGUGCGUUGGCAAGUAUGUGCAGGCACUUCAAAGUCCGUGAUUCCCUGUCGGCUGGUUUCCAUACGUCGACUGGACUUGCUGAAGGGUGUGGACUCAGCGUUUUUGGUAUGCUGCUGGUGGACCAUGUUUUUGCAUGUUGGAUGCGUAUCCAGGUGCCUUCUGUUCGGGUUUUGUCUUACGUUGACGAUUGGCAGACCUUUACUUGGGACCAUGACGUGGCUGUUCGCCAACUUGAAGCUUUGGAAGGUUUUGCCUCCUUGCUUGACCUGACAGUUGAUCGGAAGAAGACUUUUGGGUGGGCCACUACUGGUGAGAUUCGCCGUGUCAUGCGGACCGGGGGGCUCCAAGUUUUGCAUCAAGCUCGUGAACUGGGUGGUCACCUUGGCAUUUCACGCCGCCACACAAACCACACUGUGACCCAGCGGUUGGAUGCCCUUGAUCACUUCUGGCCUAAGCUUGCUUCCAGUAAAGCCAGAUAUGCUGCCAAAGUUUGGAUGUUGAGGUCGGUUGCAUGGCCGCGUGGCCUUCAUGCCAUUUCCAGCGCUCCCCUCGGAGAACACAUUUGGACUGACCUGCGUCGCAAGGCCACCAAAGCUUUGGGCUGUGAGCGCCCUGGGGUCAACUCCUUUCUGUUGCUUGGGUUGGUUGAGCCGGCCGUGGACCCCCAACUUGUUGCCCUGCUGUGGACUUGUCGUGCCGUGCGUCAACAAUGUGCUGCUGACUUCUGGUCGUCUGUUGUUGCGCCGCUUGCUGCCGGGGACUUGGACUUACCCCCCAAUUCUCUUGCUUCUAUUGUGUUGGGUCGUCUUCAGCAUGUGGGAUUGACUGUCGCGCUUGAUGGGGCCUUUGUCGACCAAUUUGGCUCAUUUCAGCUCUCUCUUUCCAAUCCUGCUGAGGUUGAGCUCAGGCUGCAAUGGGCUUGGAAUCACCUUGUCUCUUCGAAGGUUCAACACCGUCAUGAGUUCCAUGGGCUGUGGCAGGUUGAUGUGGCGUCUACCCGACGCGCUUUGGCAAAGCUCUCUGCUGACGACCAAGCCUUGUUUCGGCUGAGCUUGGCGGGGUCCCUUUUCACUGAAAGCUACAAAUCCAAAUGGACUGAGCAAUCUGAUGAAUGCCCUUGGUGUGGUCAGCCUGACCACUUACGCCACAGGUAUUGGGAGUGCCCCCAGCAUGCCGACCUCAGGGAGUCCCUUGCCCCGGAGGCUCACUUGCACUUGGAGUCUAUCCCCCCUGCUUUGGCUUUGCGGGGGUGGGCCUUGCUGCCUCCUACGUGGACUGAUUGGAUUCGGACCCUUACCAGCCUGCCUACUGAUGUGCUUCCGCCCACUUGUGGACUUUUGCCGGGCACGUGGAAUCAUGUGUUUACUGAUGGUUCAUGUUUGCAUUCCUCUGAACCUAUGUACCGUUUGGCUUCUUGGGCUGCUGUUCUUGCUCCGCCUUGUGAUCGUGGUUGGACUCCUGGCCGUGCCUCUGUGCUUUGUGCUUCUGUUCUUCCGGGUGUGUGUCAAACAGCUUACCGGGCAGAACUCUUUGCCAUUGCCUAUGUACUGCAUUGGGCAGCUGCGUUCCAGGCGCCGGUGAAGAUCUGGACAGACUGUCAGAGUGUGGUUUUGAGGUUUUACAAUUAUUUUUGGGGUCGUCGCCGUAUCAGUGUCAACAGACCCAACUCCGAUUUAUGGCGUUGGAUUGCUGACUCGGUUGCAACUCUUGGCAAGGACAAGAUCUGUUUGCAGAAAGUUCCAGCACACAGGGACAUUAAGAAUGCACGCAGUGUGCAGGAUGCCUGGCAAUGUUUUCACAACAAUUACGUUGACAGGGCUGCCAGGUUGGCCAAUCAGGCUCGACCUCCUUGUUUUUGGAGUCAAUGGGAGGCUCAUGUGAAAGCUACAGGGGCCGCUGCUAGAAUUUUUCAGCAGGUGCAUGCGCUUCAGAUGGCUGUGAGCAAGCGGCAGGUCAAGACUGUGCCAGUGGUUGCUCCGGCCGCCAAGCCGCCCAAGGUGACCCGCGAGUUUGCCAUGGAGUUUGAGCGUGGAGCUUGGACAGGACAGGUUCCUCCAGUUCUUGCCAGGACGUUUGGGUCAAGCCAUGCCAGGCGUGCAGCCCAUUGGCUUCAUACAAGGUUGGUUCCAGCUGACAGGGGUUCGAUUGUCUGGGUGUCCUUUGUCCAGUUAUACAUCGACUACCAGUUGUCGUGGGGAAACCCUGGGCCGUUGUUGGUUCAAAAGCAAUGGGUCGACCUUGACCAAAGACCCUACUUGACGGCGGAAGCUUUUCCUUUCCGGACUCGAGUACGCUGGUUUAGAAGGUUCUUGAAGACGUUCAUGCGAGAAGCAGGUUUUUCUGUGGCUUUGGAGCAGACGAAGCCUCGCACAGAGAUGGUCCAAGCCUUUUUACCAGCUGUUUCUCUUCCGUGGGAUUCGAUGGCACUGCGGACAGUGGAUAUGUGGCUGAUGCGUCAGCUUGCAGGGCCAUGUAUUCACAGUGCGGAGGUCCUCACUGCGUUGCCGGUUGCAGUGCAGGUGGUACGUCAAUUCUACACAUCACCGAUGGCACUGGCAAUGGCGACUGUUGCCAGGUGGGAAACCGUGCUCCUGCCAUGUGCAGCAUCGACUCGCGUCGAAAGAUGUUUUAUGAUUUUUUUGCUUUUGAGGAAUACCCUUCGCGUAUUUCACCAACGGAACGUCGCCCUGGCUGAGUUCGAAGCUGGAAGACUAAGCAGUUUGUGCAUGUUGAUCAUGUUGACCAAGCUGCAACUCUCCAUGGAUGCGCUGGGUCAGAACGAGACCUUAGAUCGUAGGUCCUAUGACAAGCUGCAGCAUUGUGCCGCUCCGAAGGAGCUGCCGCUGCAUCAGUGGAGCAACAUCAAGUUGAAGGCCAGUGGUGUGGAGCACUCCAAGGGACAAAUUGAACACUCCGAUGGCGGCAUGAUCAUGUUCAUCAACGAAGAGAAGGUGUGUGAAGUGCCGGGAACGGCAUAUCAUACACUUCCCAGUCGUCGCGCGGCAAUGCUGUUCCUGGGAUCUCUGCAAAGCCCACCUUUGAGGCUCCAAGACCAGCACCUUCCGGCGAAGGUGGAGAUUCGAAAUCCGGACAUGAUUCGCAAAGCUGUGUUUGUCUUGUUUGGUUUGCACCAAGCGACGAACUUUAUUGGUUUCAGCGCCAUGACGGAUGGCGAAGUCAUUGCCAGGGCCACCACCAGAAAGAUCAGUCGGGCCAUGGCGCCCACGGUGCGGCUGACGUACUUCGCGGGCUACGGUCUCGCGGAGCAGAUCCGCUGGAUGUUGGCGGCCACCGAGACCUCCUUUGAGCAGGUGGCACUCCAAAGCAAUGAGGAAUUCCUGCAGUUGCAACAGGAUGGGAAGCUCAUCUAUGGACAGCUGCCCUUGCUGGAAAUCGAUGGCUUGAAACUUGUGCAGUCACAGGCCAUGGUACGAUACGUCGCGCAGCGCGGAAAGCUCUGGGGAACCUCACCCGAGGAGUCGGUGCUGGUCGACAUGAUCGCCGAGGGGAUCAAAGAUGCCCGAGGUAUUGUCGUGAGCUUUCCCUUUAGCGUUGAGCAGGAGAGCUUAGUGGCGGAGAUCCCCAUGCGGACCAAGAAGCAACUGGGACCCCUGGAGUCCAUGAUCCAUUCGGACGAGGACGGUAGCCUGGGAUUUCUCCUAUCCGGUCUCUCUGCAGCAGAUAUCUUGCUAGCUGAACUGGCAGAAGAGUUAACAGAGAUGAGUCCAGGGGCGCUUUCUGGAUAUCCCAAGAUUUCAAAGCUUCACAAGCAGGUGACAGCCCUGCCACAGAUUCGGGCGUAUUUGGAGGGCCCGAAACGAUAUCCCUUUCCUAGGGGAGAAGUGGGCCGGGUCUACGUGCAGAACGUCAACGCGGUUCGCCGAACACGCUCGAACACUGCGGCGACAGCUUCUGCGGACGGCGGAAAAAGAGGGAACGCUGUGAAAUAUGGCAAGCCGGCGUCCAAUCUCUUCGUCGGCCUGGCCAACAGUGCGCAAGGCAUCUUGUUGGGCCCCCAAAACGAGCCGGUCGCGACGGCCGUUGCCGCCAUCAUCCAAGAUCCAUUGUAUCCCAUUGGCUGGAUCGGAGACAAGACCAAUCGCUACUAUUUGCUGCGUUGGAACGUGCUGGUCGCGGCCAUUUCAGGUGUGGCAAUGCUUGCAGCAGUGUACACCUCGAAUUUGCUAUGGCUCUUCAUCGGCAUUUGCAUCUUCACCUGGUACCAACAGACGAUCUCUUCGACCAUCUACGCCUGCUUGGCUGACAAUGUCAUUGGAGAACGCCGCACUCGAGCUGGCGUGAACUACAAGACAUUCUCCGCCCUGGCCAUGUCCUUUGGCCCGGCCAUCCAGCUCUGCGUGGUCUUUUGGGGUCCCAAGGAACAGGAUGCAUGGAGCAGCUCGACCUUUGAAUUACUGCUGCUGCCAGGUUGGUUGUUGCUGCCGAUGAUUGGCGUGGCUGUCACCAUGAUGGUGCCCGUGGGAAAGGAGCUGAGUGAGAUCCCCAAUACGGAUGAUGCUCACCAGUGUCCCCGCAGCCCAGUGAGGGCAAAGAUUAGCGAGGCUUGGUUAGAGCAAAGCGUUUGCUUUUCUCUCAAACGACGUUUUGUGGUGGCUUUGUCGGUGAAUGUCUUUUUCAUUGCUACAUUGCUGGCCAAUGGCAUGACGGUUCGAUACUUCAGCUUGUAUUUCACUCAAGUUUUAAGGUUUAGCCCCGCCCAGCUGUGCAUGCUGAAUGCCGUGUGCAGGCUUUUUAUUGCCGCCUUUGCACAGCUUGGGAAACCUUUGUCAGUACUGUUGGGUCGCUGCAAUUUGGCCUUGGUCCUGCACAUAGGAUCUGCAAUUGCGACCUUGGGCAUCUAUGGUGGGGGUUUCUUCAAUCCUUCAGUGCUUUGCGCAUGCGCUUGCUAUUUGCUUCGCUUUGCAUGUUUACAUGCCCGAGAUCCGGUGCUCUAUUCCAUCACCAUGGAUUGUGUACCUCAAAGCCAGCGAAGCCGCUGGGCUGCGCUGAACUCGCUGCGCACCUUGUCUUUCAGCGCCUCGGCCGUGCUUGGCGGCUUCUUGGCGGAUCGACACGGCUAUCAGUUCUCCUUCACGGUGACCAGCAUUUUGUUAUUGGCUUGCACGAUUUUCAUGUUGCCAGCAAUCCUAUGGUUUCCACGAAAGGAGGGCGAGCAAGCCCAGGCCUCCUCCGAUUCGCUCAUCGAGGAGAAUGAGGAGACGCCCAGGGAGGCGGAGGUGCAAGCCGCCCCGUCGCGACCACUGUGA